CCUGGGAGAUGUAGUCCUUGGACCGUCCCCGCUAGAGGCUGCACAGCCCGCCGGGACCCCCGCCGCCGCGCCCGCCGCUGCCGGGCCGGCGCCCUCCCGUUUCCUUCCUCCAGGGGGAAAAAAUGUCCUUCGGGCCGCUGUCCGGGAAGCGGCAGCAUGUGGCGCUCCGCUGUCAGUAGCAACAAGGUCAGCGCCCCUUCUCCGCGUCUUGCCCCCUCAGCUCUCGCGCUCAGGUGGGACCGAGCCAGCUGCGCAAACCAUGCAGGAUGAUUUACUGAUGGACAAAAGCAAAACCCAGCCCCAGUCUCAGCAGCAGCAGCAGCGGCAGCAGCAGCAGCAACAGCUCCAGCCCGAGCCCGGCGCAGCCGAAGCCCCGUCCACGCCCCUCUCCUCAGAGACCCCCAAGCCCGAAGACAGUAGCGCAGUGCCGGCCCUCAGCCCCGCCUCGGCCCCGCCAGCCCCCAACGGCCCCGACAAGAUGCAGAUGGAGUCGCCGCUCCUGCCGGGCUUGAGUUUCCAUCAGCCCCCUCAGCAGCCGCCGCCGCCGCCGCAGGAGCCCGCGGCGCCCGGAGCGUCGCUGUCGCCGUCCUUUGGCAGCACCUGGUCCACGGGCACGACGAACGCGGUAGAAGACAGCUUCUUCCAGGGGAUCACCCCGGUCAACGGGACCAUGCUCUUCCAAAACUUCCCGCACCACGUCAACCCGGUCUUCGGAGGCACCUUCUCCCCGCAGAUCGGCCUGGCGCAGACCCAGCACCACCAGCAGCCGCCGCCGCCCGCGCCGCAGCCGCCGCAGCCCGCGCAGCCCCCGCAGGCGCAGCCCUCGCAGCAACGCCGCUCGCCCGCCAGCCCCAGCCAGGCGCCCUAUGCGCAGAGGAGCGCCGCCGCCUACGGCCACCAACCCAUCAUGACCAGCAAGCCGUCCUCAUCCUCGGCCGCUGCAGCCGCUGCUGCCGCGGCCGCCGCCUCCUCGGCCUCGUCCAGCUGGAACACGCACCAAAGCGUGAACGCCGCCUGGAGUGCCCCGUCCAACCCGUGGGGUGGCCUACAGGCUGGCCGGGACCCUCGCCGCGCUGUCGGCGUGGGUGUGGGCGUGGGUGUGGGGGUACCCUCCCCGCUUAACCCCAUCUCGCCGCUCAAAAAGCCCUUCUCCAGCAAUGUGAUCGCACCACCCAAGUUCCCUCGUGCGGCCCCGCUCACCUCCAAAUCCUGGAUGGAGGAUAACGCUUUCCGGACCGAUAAUGGUAACAAUCUGUUGCCUUUUCAGGACCGGAGUAGGCCCUAUGACACUUUUAACUUGCACUCCUUGGAGAACUCCUUAAUGGAUAUGAUAAGGACUGAUCAUGAGCCUCUGAAAGGUAAACACUACCCUCCCAGUGGCCCACCAAUGAGUUUCGCUGAUAUAAUGUGGAGGAAUCAUUUUGCAGGACGCAUGGGAAUAAAUUUCCAUCAUCCAGGAACAGAUAACAUUAUGGCACUGAACACCAGGAGCUAUGGGCGGAGACGAGGUCGGUCUUCUCUCUUUCCCUUUGAAGACGCCUUCUUGGAUGACAGCCAUGGCGAUCAGGCUUUAUCAUCUGGCUUAAGUUCUCCCACUCGAUGUCAAAAUGGGGAACGAGUGGAGCGCUACUCCAGAAAGGUGUUUGUUGGAGGCCUUCCUCCUGACAUCGAUGAAGAUGAGAUCACUGCCAGCUUCCGCAGGUUUGGACCUCUCGUGGUAGACUGGCCUCAUAAAGCAGAGAGCAAGUCGUACUUCCCUCCUAAAGGCUAUGCCUUCCUGCUGUUCCAGGAAGAGAGCUCAGUGCAAGCUUUGAUAGAUGCCUGCCUAGAAGAGGAUGGGAAACUGUACCUGUGUGUGUCCAGCCCCACCAUCAAGGAUAAACCGGUGCAAAUUCGACCGUGGAACCUAAGUGACAGUGACUUUGUAAUGGAUGGUUCUCAGCCUUUGGACCCCAGAAAAACUAUCUUUGUUGGGGGAGUUCCACGACCCCUUCGAGCUGUUGAACUGGCAAUGAUAAUGGACCGUUUGUACGGUGGUGUUUGCUAUGCUGGCAUCGAUACAGAUCCAGAGCUGAAGUACCCCAAAGGUGCUGGGCGUGUUGCGUUCUCCAAUCAGCAGAGCUACAUUGCAGCCAUCAGUGCGCGUUUUGUGCAGCUUCAACACAAUGACAUUGACAAACGGGUGGAAGUGAAACCAUACGUGCUGGAUGAUCAGAUGUGUGACGAGUGCCAGGGCACGCGCUGCGGUGGGAAGUUUGCCCCGUUCUUCUGUGCCAACGUCACCUGUCUGCAGUACUACUGUGAAUACUGCUGGGCCAGCAUCCACUCCCGAGCCGGCCGAGAGUUCCACAAACCGCUGGUGAAGGAGGGUGGCGACCGCCCUCGGCACGUCCCGUUCCGCUGGAGCUGAGCCCCGGGCGACCCAGCUACAAGUACUGGAGUAGAUCACAAGGAGGAAGAGAGGGCACUGCCUCAGGGCUCACGGUGUUCUGGAAAUCUGUGCAUUCGUUCUCGAUUUUUAAAGAAGAAAUGGGUCUUUUUAUUAUUAUUAUUAUCAUUUACAGUCAUAUUACUGAACUCAGCGUCCAGUAUAAUGCAGAAUCGCAGAGUGUGUAACGGUACCCAUUUGCACUUUGACUCACAAUUUGUCUGCUUGGUACCUUGAUUUCUCACACCUGAUCUGUCACCUCCACAGUACGUAGACUGCCAUUCUCAUCAGCGGCCGUCAGGUUGACGUCUGUGACUCUUUGUUUGAUGUUGUGGUGUUGUCGCUCUGAUUGGUUUUACUGGAGCAUGCACUUAUUUUCAGAGACGUAGAGAGUCGCCCCUAGGACAAGACUUACCAAAGGUCACACGUGUAAGUAGAGGCCGAUGUAGCAAACACUUUACAAUCAGCAGUCAGUAGUGGGGGUCAUGUAGAGUAAGGAUAGCCCUUCAUGAAAAUAAGUCUGUAGUCGCUCUGUACAUGUACGGAUACCUCACAAACUGGAUCUUUCAUUUUCCUUCAUGUUUGAUUUUUGUUUUGCUGAGGAUUUGGGUUAGAUCUUUUAGUGUUAUGUAAAUUUAUGCUGCAAUAGCUUUUGCUGCUAUUAAAAUGGUAUUGUGGAUACCAUAAUACUCUAUUCAGGCUAAGGUAUCAAUUAACAACAAAAACAAGAACCCAACACACACUUUUGUGGUUUAGGGAUAGAGCCAGCUGCCAGAAGGAGAAGAGACCAGAGAGAGCCAGCAGAGGCCGCCGUUCCUGACUGCAUGUUUACCUAAUGCGGUUGCUGCAUGCAAUAAAUUUUAUAUCCAAUGUCUAGUAUAAAACCUUCCCACAAUGCACAAAUUAAGAAUCUAUAUAAGCUAUAAAAUACUCAUUUUUUUAAAGGAUUUUUUUUCAUUCAGAGAAUUGGUAACCGGUGGGAAGAAGGCAUGCCUCCAUGGGUGGAAUGCUUGUGGACAGGAAGAGCCCGUACCAGGCCGACCAUUAUCCAGACCAAUAGAAACCCUAGUGUAGGAUGCUCUUUCGGCAAAUCUGUGGACGGUGGACGAAGUACUUGCGGUGCUCUGUUCUAUAUUGUGCAAUUUCUUUUCUAUAGUGAAGUGAUUAUGUCUAACUGUGAUCAAAUGUAACUGUUAAAAGCCUCUGUGUCAGACAUUAUGAACUUGACCAUUCAUAACUGGUAUAUUAUUAAGUAACACAUGAGCUCUGAGUUAUAACCUCCUAGUGCUCACACCACUUUACAUAGCUUCAGACCUUGUCCAGAAAGCCAAAGAGCUCAUCUUAGCUUACAAACACUAAGACUAUACACAAUAUCUAGAGAUAAUUUGUCAGAUUGACACUGACGCACAUCUUUAAGAAAGCCACGUAAGGGUGACGCUAAAGAAAUGGCUGUACCAAGAUGGCCUGGGUAGACGUGGCCUUCCGUGUGAGACACUAACUACUAGUUCCCUGGAUUUACCCUGUGAAGCUUGAAUAGGAUGCAGCCCUGAUCAUGCUACCGUGGACAUUCUUUUAGCAUUCACUCCUGGGCUGUGGAGAGUACUAGGAACAGCAAGCACGGUGAUGCAAGACUGUAAAGCUUUUUAACCCUCCGUCCUUGUCUUGAAUUCUGGGGACAAUCUGACCGGAUGCACACUGCAGAGUAGGUUUGUCGCUGAGUCUUUUGGGCUGUGAUCUCCUUGUACCGUCUGGAAGUUAGUGUGGCUUGUUUUUUUUAGUUGUAGCUUGUUCUUUUUGUCUCUCUAGUGUUCAGUUGUGAAUACUGGCUCUCCAGCUACAGUUUGUUUUCAAAAAAGGAGAAACAAAAUAGUUUUUUACUGAAUUAAAAGAUGCCUAUUAGAUCCCUCCCCCUUGGGGGUUUUCUCUGGGCCUUUUGGGAAUCAUUGCUUUUCUGCGGCCCAGGUGUGGUUUGGUUUGGUUUGGUUUUUUCCUUUUUUUUUUUUUUUUUUUCUAUGUUUGUGUUUUAUUUUUUUUCAUCUGUAUGGGAAAUUUUGUUACGCACUACUACUUUUUAUAUUCUAGAACGUUUUCAAAAGUUGGCUGAUUUUUGUUUGUUUGUUUUUAAGGAAAAAGGCAUGCUUUCUGACUGACCUGAUCUUUUGCAAUACCUCAAUUUUGAAAUAUAGGAAAGAAAAAUGAUAUUUUCUAAGUAAGUUUAUUCAGAAAAUAUAUAUUAAUUUAAUUCUGCAAGAAAAUGAUUUAACAGAUGGGUAACUUUAUUUUUUUCAUGCUUAUUUGUGUUUUUUGAAAAUGAAGAAGUUAGAGCUUUAUAACUAUAAUAUUAAAGAUCAUAUCUAACCUACAGAAAUCUACCUAAUUAUGUGAAAGAUGCAGAUGUUUGGAAGAAGCACCCCUCUUUCAUGUACUAAAAUAACCCUGAGCUCUAGAGAAGCCGGAAGACUGUGCAGCGUGAACUAACGCGGAGGCCACAGUGUCGUGGAGACCAGGUUGUAAGAGAGACUCCACUUGGUGCUGAGAGCUGUGACUAGGUGAUGAAACUACUUUCCCUUCAUUUGUAUAUUUAUAAUCAAGUGUUGAUUGUGCGACUGACCAGGAUUGUGAAAGAGUUCUUCUGUUUGUAUUUUUUUAAAGAGAACUUUUUUAGUUUAUUAAAUUAUAACAUGUUCCCUUUUGUUUUUGUAAAUAAAUGUGCCCCUCCCCCCAAGUUCUUAAUGUUAUAUUAAAAGAGAGGGUCCUUCAAAAAAAUUAUUUUUUAAAACACAGAGGUGUUCUGCCCUGCAGCUUGACUGGGAAGCCCCUGGUAACACAGGUCCUGCCGUGGCCUUUCCUUGAUGGGACACUUGAACUAGUGGAUUUUUUGAAGGCUGUAACUAACCUCGAUUCUUUGUUGUUACGUGCAAUACUGUUUGUACUGUUUGUAUAAAAAAUAGAAAAAAAAAAGAAAAGAAAAAAGGCAUAAAUCUUUAUUGCAGAUUUAUUUUCAUUGCAGACUUUAGACAUUGUGACUCACAGAACUCAUUUUCUACUGUCAAAUACGUACCUUUUCCUCAUGCUGGUAUUUUUUCAAUAGUAACGUAGCCUUUGUACUGAGACAAAUUUUCAUUGUUAUUUUUAGAAAGAUUUUUUGCUAAGAAAAAAAUUAAACAUAUUUACAUAUUUUUCAUUUUAUUUCGUAUUUUCUUUAAGGAGUGCUUUCUCAAUCAUUACUAGAGUUGUUUCUGGGAGGGACUUUCAUAUCUGGUCAACGUCAUAAUAUUAUUUUGUAUUUUUACUUGGAAUAAAUUAAUUUUAUGAUGCUAAUUCUUUAAAAGUUUAUUUUUUUCAUUUUCAGUUAUUUUUGAAGCUAAAACCUUUGUAAUAUUGUUACUAAAGUGUCUAGUUUUUUGAAAUGCAAAGCUUUAUGUAUUAACUUGCUGAUGUGGUUUACAGUAGUGGCAGUGAUGGGAACGGUUGGUUCUGUAAAGUGACUGGGACUGUGACGGACAAUUGGGUAAUAAACGACAGUGAGCAGAA